GAGGGAGAUGAUGAAAGGUGUGGGAGGACCGCUUCUAUGCAUAGGCGAUCUGCUGAGCGAUGUGGGAGAAUCAGAUGCUUCACCUCCACCGCAACAACAUGAGCCCUCGGUUUCUGCUCCUAUUUCCACCUCUACUAGUCAAAACCCGGACCUUACCAAGUUGUUCCAGGAGAACUAUGAGCAGCUGAAUGAGGCGCUUGCCGGUACAGACCACUCAUGGGCAGGUCUUACUCUGAAGCUAUGCGGUGCUCUGGAAACUGCAAACAAGUUGGUUAAGACAACCAACUCAAAUGUCACAUUGUUGUCGGAGAAGGUUGGAGAUCUUGGGGAAGUUAUCAAGAGGGCAGAUUCUGCCAUAGCAGCAGCAAGGGUUGUCCAUGCCUCACUUAAUGAAAAAGAGGGUUCCCUCAUUGGCAAUCAAAAUAUCAACUGAUCUACGUUUCAUCCAGAACAGGUUAGUUAAUUUGAUUCAGAGGAAAAGUGAAAAAUACCAACUCUUAGGAAUUGCGAGGCUCCCUCCAGUAUUAGAUAUUGACUUUUCUUAUUUUUGUUAAUAUAAUGUAAAAGAUAUUUACGAGACAAAAUUCAUUGGAGUAUGAGUUUGAGCUGCUUUUCCUGAUUAA